GCCUCUGUUUUUAAUUUUGCAGUGCUCCUUGUCCUUCCUAAAACGCCCAGCUUUUUAACGUUUUCAAGUAUUUGAUUUUAAAGUUGUUCCUAACAUUUUUUUUCGAAACCCUCGACCAUUUCUGAAAUUAAUGGCACGUUUCUUGAUUCGCAAUCUCAGAUAUGGAGACAUUCCUGAACUAAUAAACCUACCUCGUUCUGAAGGCCGGGAAAUGGGACUAGAUCCGGAAAUUCGAACAUGGUUUGAUGUCGACCCAAGAGGAAUUUUCGUUGCUGAAAACACAGACGACGGACAAAUUGCUGGCUGCUGCUGUGGUAUAGCUCUUUCAGAGAAUCAUGGUUAUAUCGGAAUGUACGUAGUCAAGCAGCAGCACAGAGGAAUAGGGUUAGGUAGAAUUUUAUGGGACUCUGCAAUUGCUCGUUUAGGAAACCGGAAUAUAAGUUUAAGCACUGCUGACAAAAUGCUUCCGUUUUACAAAGAAAAAGCAGGGUUUGUACUGAACGCCGAAUGGACUGUGGACUUAUAUUCGACGUUGACGCCAAUUAUGCCACAUGAUUCUGCAACAUGUUCCGAUCCCGCUCCAUUAGCAGUUAUGAUAGAUCCUGAAGGUCCAUUAGUGCAAUAUAUCAUUCGUUAUGACUCUUCGAUUCAUCAGUACGACCGUACCUCUAUUGUACAAUCAACCAUUAAAGAGGAAGGGACUUUAACCUUGAUGGCUCUUCGACGCUUCAGCGACGGACGUUUCGAAACAACAGGAUACGCAUGCAUAAAACGAAGCAUGCAAGGGCAUUGGUUAAUAGCCCCUGUGUAUGCUGACGAUUACGAAACUGCAUAUUCCUUAGUAUAUGGCUUAAUGAACAGUUUAAGUGAAACCCAACGGCAAGAGGGAAUAGUUACAAAGCUCAUUAGCUCAAAUUCCGAAGCAUCCCAACUGUUUUCCAAAUUUGGACUGCGGAGGUCUCAGUACCGGCUACAUCGGCUCUUUACGAAGGAAGUCUUCAAAAUCCCUGAAGGUAAAGUUUUUGCUCUUCAAUCGUCAGUUUUCUGCACAGAGUAA